AUGGCUCAGGGGAUGGGCCGCGGACUGUGGGUCGGGGGAAGGGGCUGCGUCCUGGAGAUCAGGCUGGACAGGGACCUGGGAAGGACCUCUGCCUCCUCAGAGAGAAACGGAGGCGUGAUCCCCGUCCCGCACCCUGGCGGCUCUUCGGAUAACCCGGCCGAUGCCCCGGGGAAGCCCGAGGCGAGGAUGGAGGGUGGGCGCUGGCGGCUGGACGGAGCGGGGCGGAGCUGGGCCGAGGGCGCCGGCCUCCCUCCCCGGGUCCUCUCAGGUGACAGACCCCCGCGGGCCCCCGCCCCGCCCCGCCGCAUAUUCAGGAGGCCGGACCCGCCCCGUCCGAGAGCAGCUAGCGCGGCCGCGCCGGAGCCUCAGCGGUCGGUGCGUGCGUGGAGCCGGCACCCAUCCUCCUCGAGUCCGCCGCCCGCCAUGGCCCCUGCGGCCGCCCGCCGCAGCCUCCUGGUUCUCCUGCAGGUGCUCGGGCUCGCCCUGGCGCAGAUCAGAGGUCCUCCAGGAGAGCGGGGGCCCCCGGGCCCCCCGGGGCCACCGGGAGUGCCUGGAUCCGACGGAAUCGACGGUGACAAGGGGCCCCCUGGGAAAGCUGGCCCUCUGGGACCUAAGGGAGAGCCUGGCAAAGCAGGGCCAGAUGGGCCAGACGGCAAGCCCGGGAUUGACGGUCUAACUGGAGCCAAGGGGGAGCCUGGUCCCAUGGGGAUCCCUGGAGUCAAGGGCCAGCCUGGGCUCCCAGGUCCCCCCGGCCUGCCGGGCCCUGGCUUCGCCGGACCUCCUGGACCAGCUGGACCUGUUGGCCUCCCUGGUGAGAUGGGACUCACGGGCCCCAAGGGGGAUCCUGGACCAGAGGGACCAGCAGGGCCCCCGGGGCCCCCUGGGAAACCGGGCCGCCCAGGAACCAUUCAGGGUCUGGAAGGCAGCGCGGACUUCCUGUGUCCAACCAACUGUCCAGCGGGCGUGAAAGGGCCCCCGGGGCUGCAGGGAGUGAAGGGGCAUCCUGGCAAGCGCGGGGUUCUGGGAGAUUCCGGCCGCCAGGGGAAGCCGGGUCCCAAGGGAGAUGUGGGUGCCUCUGGAGAGCAAGGCAUCCCUGGACCGCCGGGUCCCCAGGGCGUCAGGGGCUACCCGGGCGUGGCGGGACCCAAAGGAGAGACGGGUCCUCACGGGUACAAAGGCAUGGUGGGCUCCAUCGGCGCCGCCGGGUCACCGGGUGAGGAAGGUCCUCAGGGGCCACCAGGCCGAGCUGGGGAGAAGGGUGACGUGGGCAGCCAAGGUAUCCGAGGACCCCAGGGAAUAACAGGCCCAAAGGGAGCAACCGGCCCACCAGGCACUGACGGCAAGGACGGGACCCCAGGCACACCUGGCAUGAAGGGCAGCGCAGGACAGGUGGGGCGGCCAGGAAACCCGGGCCACCAGGGCCUAGUGGGUGUGCCCGGCCACCCUGGGACAAAAGGAGGCCCUGGAGACAAGGGUGAGCCAGGCCGGCAAGGCUUCCCAGGAGUCUCUGGUUCCCCCGGGAAGGAGGGAGAGCCAGGGCCUCGAGGAGAAAUCGGUCCCCAGGGCAUCAUGGGGCAGAAGGGUGACCACGGUGAGAGGGGGCCAGUGGGGCAGCCAGGCCCUCAAGGCCGACAGGGCCCCAAGGGGGAACAGGGUCCCCCCGGAAUUCCAGGGCCCCAAGGCUUGCCAGGCAUCAAGGGAGACAAGGGCUCCCCAGGGAAGACCGGGCCUCGCGGCGGAGUGGGCGACCCGGGGGUGGCUGGCCUCCCAGGAGAGAAAGGCGAGAAGGGCGAGUCUGGCGAGCCGGGGCCCAAGGGACAGCAAGGAGUCCGCGGAGAAGCCGGCUAUCCGGGCCCCAGCGGGGAUGCAGGCGCCCCGGGGGUGCAGGGCUACCCCGGGCCCCCGGGUCCUCGAGGACUGGCUGGAAACCGAGGCUUGCCCGGACAGCCCGGGAGGCAGGGCGUAGCGGGCCGAGAUGCCAGUGACCAGCACAUCGAGGAUGUCGUGCUGAAGAUGCUGCAAGAGCAACUGGCAGAGAUGGCUGUGAGUGCCAAGCGGGAGGCUCUGGGUGCGACCGGGAUGAUGGGUCUCCCAGGACCCCCUGGGCCUCCUGGGUACCCAGGCAAACAGGGACCCAUUGGGCACCCUGGCCCUCGGGGCAUUCCUGGCAUCGUGGGAGCCGUGGGUCAGAUUGGCAACACCGGGCCCAAGGGAAAACGUGGAGAGAAGGGUGAUAGGGGAGAAGUUGGACGAGGGCAUCCCGGGAUGCCUGGGCCUCCAGGGAUCCCAGGACUGCCUGGCCGGCCUGGCCAGGCAAUCAACGGCAAAGAUGGAGAUCGAGGGAUCCCAGGGGCCCCAGGAGAGGCAGGCCGACCUGGCCUGCCAGGCCCCAUGGGGCUGCCAGGCUUCUGUGAGCCUGCGGCCUGCCUUGGAGCCUCAGCCUACACGUCUGCACGCCUCACAGAGCCUGGAUCCAUCAAGGGGCCAUGAGCAUCAGGCCAAGACGGAGCCCAGUGGGCAUCCUGGGGGGAAAGGACUAGGUGCCCUCUGGGUGGACAUGCCUCCCAUUCCUCUGCCCAGGAAACUAGCUUUCCCAGGACCUUUGUCUGGGACCCAGGAGUCCUGAGGAAAAGGAAAUUCUAAAACAUGGGGGAAGGGAAGGGAGGACAUCGGAGUGAAAAGGUGAGGCUAACAGACAGGGCAAGUGGCACCGGAGAGUGCAAGGUCCAGAGGAUGGGGUGGCUUUCCUUCCCGGAGCACCCGCUCAGAUGUCACCAAAACAAAUGUCUCCUUAAUUUGCGCCAUCCUCCACUGGCCAUCUUGUCCUUGGGGCAAGUGGACUGACGCCUUUGCUGGUUCCUGAUUCCAUUUCCACCCCCUGGGCUUACUGGGUGACUGCCCAGAGGUGGCCAUCCUUAAGCCAGUCCACUACUUCCUCCCUGCCUUCCUCCCAUCUGAGUAUUUAAACACCCAUCUCCCUUCCCUUUCUGGCAUCACCCUCUCCCACCAAACCGCUAGAUCCACCCAGGCCUUUCUGUAAA